AUGGCGUUUGAGUAUUUGGCUUACGAUUUAUCGCGUGGAGAGGAGGAAGUGAGCCCUCAAAUAGUUGAUCGAAGUUUGCUUCGGCAUGUGGACAAUCCUUUCGAUUUGGAUGCAGGGGAGUUCCAGAAGUUAUUCCGUUUAACUCCAGACUUGACUGAGGACGUAGUUUCGCAGCUUGACAGCCAUCUUAGAGGUUCCAGAAUAACAGCGAUUUCGACUGAAAAACAGGUUCUAGCUGCACUGCGAUUUUUUGCAACCGGGUGUUAUCAACGACCCGUAGGUGAGCAAUGGGGAAUAUCUAUGAGCCAGUCGUCCGUUAGCCGUAGCAUUCAUCGGGUAACAGCUGCAAUCAACAGCUCCAUGUUUUGCGCAAAGGUGAGAUUUCCCAUGACCCAAGUGGAGCGGCAAGCGGCAAAAGAAAUUUUUGCUUCAGCAACCUCCCCGUUUGUGGGAGGUACCAUUGGAGCUAUAGAUUGCACGCACGUGUCAAUUUUGGCCCCGAAACGUCAUGAAGAAGCGUAUGUCAACCACCACGGCUACCAUUCGCUUAAUGUCCAAAUGAUAUGUGAUCCUACACUUAAAAUUUUGAACGUAAAUGCCAAAUUUCCGGGAGCACGGCACGAUUCAUACAUUUGGAGUUCCUCUGCGGUGCGAAUGGUUAUGCAACGGAAUUUUGAAAUUGGAAACCAUAACUUGUUUUUGAUUGGUGAUUCCGGGUACCCUUUGGAGCCUUGGCUGAUGACUCCUCUAACAAACCAACCGGAAGGUACUCCGAAAUUCUUGUACAAUGAGGCAUUGUGCAAAGCUCGUAACCCAGUUGAGAGACUUUUUGGUGUUCUUAAGGCAACGUGGCGGUGCUUGUCUCAACAAAGGACACUCUUGUACGAUCCAGGAUUUACUGGACAAGUAGUUAACGCGUGCUCAGUUUUACAUAAUAUUCGUUUAAGAGAAGGAAUAUACCAGACCGAAAAUGAGUUCACAGAGCCCAGAACAAACGACGUUUUUGUAAACCAAGAUGCACCAUCCUCAACAGCAAAGCGCAUCCAAGAGCGACUGAUUGCUAAUUUUUUUACUUAA